GCAGCUGUCGCUGGGCGCGGAGCCCUACGGUCUUCGCAGUUCUCUAGCGGAGCGGCUGCCUAGGGAGGGGACCCGGAUCCUGCUACGGUGGGCGAGGCAGGAGCGGGACCCCGUGAGGGUAUUGAUCCCACGGUGGGUGGGGUGGAAGAGUCUCUGAGGAAGAAAGGGAAGAGAGUUUGGCUAGCCUGCUGGCAGAAGCGUCGUUCCCUAGUCCUAAAAAGGAGGGGCGAUAUGGACGGUCCCCUAACUCCCAGGGAGUCCGCAAAAUUCAUUGCGGAAAACAGUCGGGAUGUGUUCAUUGACUGCGGAGGCUUGCGGCGGGUGGCCGAGUUCCUGCUCGCCAAGGUUUCGGGUCCGGAGCUACGCCUGGGGGCCUGGAAGAACCUUCAUGAGCUCAACCCCAGGUCGGCCGACGAAGCCGCAGUCAACUGGGUUUUCGUUGCAGACACACUCAAUUUCUCCUUCUGGUCCGAGCGCGAUGAGCACAAGUGCCUGGUGGGGUACAAGGGGACAACGUACAGUGGCUACUGGUCCCUGUGCGCCGCUAUCAACAGAGCCCUUGACGAAGGGAUACCAAUAACUAGUGCUUCGUACUAUGCCACAGUGACCUUGGAUCAGGUUCAGCAUAUACUCCGUUCUGACACGGACAUUCCCAUGCCUUUGAUAGAAGAGAGGCAUCGGAUUCUCAAUGAAACGGGGAAAAUUCUGCUUGAGAAGUUUGAAGGCUCUUUUCUUAAUUGUGUCCGGAAAAGUGAAAAAAGUGCACAGAAGUUAAUGCAUCUGGUAGUUGAAAGCUUUCCCUCUUACAGAGAUGUGACUGAGUUUAAGGGGAAAAUAAUUUCUUUUUACAAACGGGCCCAAAUCCUCGUGGCAGACACCUGGAGUGUGCUGGAGGGAGAAGGAGACGGCUGCUUUAAGGACAUCUCCAGUAUUACCAUGUUUGCUGACUAUCGGUUACCUCAGGUUCUGGUUCACCUGGGUGCCCUGAAAUACUCCGGUGAACUACUGGAGAAACUUCUCAAAGGAGAAAUGCUCUCGUAUGGGAGUCGGCAAGAGGUGGAAAUCAGAGGAUGCUCACUUUGGUGUGUUGAGUUGAUCCGGGAUUGUCUUCUGGAACUUAUUGAAAAAAAGGGUGAAACAACUGGUGGAGAGAUCAAUUCCAUUCUUCUGGAUUAUUACUUAUGGGACUAUGCCCGUGAUCACAGGGAAGAUAUGAAAGGAAUUCCAUUUCAUCGAACACGUUGCAUAUAUUAUUGACCCGAAGUGUAAACUGAUCCAAAGAAAACUCUUUACAUUUUUAUAUCACAUAAUCAUUUAUACAAUUUCACUUUGAUAUUAAGAGAAGAUGGUGGGAUUAAUUUCUCCUGAUUUAUCAUGUGUUUUCCCAAAUAUAUCCUUUUUCUGCUUUUUAACUUUAACUCUAUUUUCCCUUUUUGUGGACACAUGACAGAAAUAGUGAAGGAACUUUAAUGCUUCCUUUAAAUCUCACAUUUCUUAAAAUCAUGUCAUAAUUUGAUUAAUCUUCAGUGACAAUAUUUCAUCUAUUCAGCUGGUAUCAUUUCUCAAGGUAUAAUUUUCUAUGUAUCGUAAUCAUUUGUUAUGAGAAGGGGAUGGGUAGGGUCUUUGUUGUAUAAAUGCUGCUGCUCUUAUAAAAAAAUUAGCUUGACAGCUUACUAUCAACUUUUUAUCAGUAAUGACAGAGUUUUGUACAUAAUGAUUUCAGUUGAGGAUAUUGGUCUGUCUAGGUUUUUUUCUUUCUUUUUUUUUUCAGAGUAACUGCAUUGAAACUGAAUAAAGAUUUUUAAAACUUUUCUUAAA